AUGGAUUACGAUUUAAUAGGAAGGUUGCUCCUAUCGCUACCUGCGGCAGAUGCGGAAAAUGCUAGGAUGGCAGCAUUGGCAGAUAGGAUCUCGACGUAUUUCACACGAAACGAGAAUCUUAUAUAUCGUGGUGUCGCAGGAAUAGGGCGCCACGGUGGUGCAAUUCUUUUCCUAGACAAACGAAGACACCCCUCUCGGAAAAUAGUCGUAAAGUAUUCGCUUAGCGAUGAAGCGGACGCGGACUUGAGAAAUGAGGCUCAAUUUCUCGAAAUGCUAAGAGGCGCCGAGCAUAUCGGACAGAUGAUUCCGCUUGCCGAAGCCACUCUUAAUGUAUCGGGUACUGGGAAACGUCCUACCCUCGCGCUCGAUUUUAUUCCGUAUGGUACAAUAUAUGCCUUUCGGGAGAGAAUGGACCAGAAUCGCUAUCGAAUGCCCAGCCGGCUCCUUUGGCUGGUACGUCAGGUGCUAGCUAUGGCUUUCCCCCCGCAGGGCGGACCCGAUGAACCACUGAGGCGGGAACAGUUUCACCGUCAUAUGCCAUUAGGAGUGAUGCAGAAUUCACCUCACGGAAAUAAUGUCAUUAUUGGCGAUCUAACUAGUGAUGACUUUGAACAUUCGCUUGUUCCAAUAUUCAAGCUCAUUGACUUUGGACGGGGAGAGAUAUUACCGGAUACGCUAGACGCGGUUUACACUAAUAUAGCAAAUAUCGGAGUUCUAUUCAUUAUUCUUGCCCUACCUAGGGUUGAUGAGUCUUAUAUAGAAAACGUACCAGAAGGGGGCUGGCCAUAUGAAUUCGUGGACAAACAAACCGGUGAAGGCCGGCGGAUGGGGACAGAGGCUCCUCCUUUCUUUACGAGGUCGAAGUAUAUAGAUGUUGAAUUACGAGACCUCGUAGCAAGAUGCAUGGCGAUCGAUAUUGAAGACACUCCGUCUCUAGAGCAACUCGUAGAAGAAGCCGAGAGAGGAGUGGCAAAAAGACCUGAAGAUAUAGUAUAUGAGGAUACCGGAGUAGAUCCCAGACAGACCGAGGAGGACGUACCGAUUAGAACUUUGGUGCAACGAUUCAUAUUAGAUGCUGGCACUAUAGAAGAGGAAGCAGCUACGCUCAAUCGACGUACAGUUAACCAUCAUCUAGGAACAACUCUAUUAGGUAUCAAUGCGACUACAAGACCAGGACCAGCCCAACGACGCCGAUUCCAACAAAGCAAUGUAGAACCCGAUAUGGUGGUCGAUAAUGACAUCGACUAG